UCCAUAUCAUUCAUUUGUUAGAGGGGGAUUGUGUAUCCUGAAUCUGUAUGGCCAGGCCCCAUGUAUUCUCCACCAUACACCCUCCAGUUGUGCCAGGGGGCAGUCUGAUGGGAGAUUUACCAGUUAAUAAAGCCAGAAAAACAGACCAAUUGCAUUUUUAUAUUUAAGGGUCCUGAGCUUACACUACAGCACCCUGAGAGUGUUAGGGACAUCUUACAUUUCUCAUCAUGUUCUUUUCUACUGGCUUAUUUUACGUGUAUUGGACCCGUUAUCCAGAAUGCUCGAGAUCUGGGGUUGUCCAGCAACUUAAACAACAGAGAGACAAGCUGAGGCAGUACCAGAAGAAGAUCACACUGCAGCUGCAACGGGAGAGGGAGUUGGCCAAGCAGUUACUCCAUGAUGGCAAAAAAGAGAAAGCCAAACUGUUGCUAAAGAAGAAAAGAUACCAGGAACAGCUUCUGGAGAAAACCGAUAACCAGAUCAGCAACCUGGAGAAAAUGGUUGAAGACAUAGAGUUUGCCCAAAUUGAAAUGAAAGUUAUUGAAGGGUUGAAAGUGGGCAAUGAGUGCUUGAAGAAAAUGCAUGAGGUCAUGUCUAUUGAGGAAGUCGAGAGGAUCAUGGAAGAAACGCAAGAUGGCAUUGAAUAUCAAAGGCAAAUUGAUGAGAUGCUUUCAGGAAGCCUGACUGCUGAGGAUGAAGAGGCAAUUCUAGAAGAACUAGAAGCUAUCACUCAGGAAGAUCUGGAGCUUCCGGAGGCUCCUUCAGAACCUCUUCCAGACACUACACCAGAGAAACAAGCUGUCAAGAACAAGCCCAAACCACAGCUGGUUGCUGCAUCUUAACUGUAUGUCCUGUGACUUGUGACAAAUGAACCUCAAGUAUUCAGGGUGAAGGUAUGGAGCAGAAACACACAACUACUUUACCUGCCCUCCAGUGUGAGGCAUCACGGCAGAGCCUGAGGGCCGUGCAACGUUAGCUCGAAUUGCCUAUACACAAACAGAACUUCAUCCAAACAUUGGGCAUCUGAACUAGUUUUUUUUUGUGUCCUCUGUAAUAUUCUUCUGGAACAGAGGAUUCUCUGGAUUUUAUGAUUAAAAAACAAUUUUCUAGCAUAAUUAAAAAUAGUUAAUAGUUUUUUUUUUUAUUUACAUUUUUUAACUGGUAUUACAAUUAUGUUUUACCUCAGUACCAGUGUUUUAAAAGGACUAUUCUCUGUGGCACAAAGGAGAUACAAAUAUGAAAUAUAAAUGGGGCAGACUGACUGGUCUUUUGCUGCCAUCAAGUACCAUUUCUACAGGAAUGCUUUUUUCAUUUUGGUUUAAGCAAAGAUAAAUAAGGCACUCCAGGAUGCGGUCUCUGCCAUUAGACAAACCACUACUGUUUAUUGAUUAGACACAGGGAGUUUCCUCUGUUAGGGCGAAGACACAUGGGGCAAUUAGUCACCGCAACUUUUAAAAACGUGGCUGUGGUGACUUAUCACACUGAUUUUAACUAAUUUAAUAUAUGAAAUAUUAAUAUUAGUUGCCACGACCAAUCGCGUGCUGAUCGAAGUUGCAGCGACUAAUCACCCCGUGUCUUUGUACAGGGCUUAAGAGUUCAAGUCCAGUAGUUUGAAGUCGGACAUCCCUUGUUAAUCUUUUUUUCCCUCCAACAUUCCAGCCUUACAAAUCCAGCCUUAAGGUACCCAUAUUAAACAGACAUUGAUUGCUAACUCAACCAUGUAUGUACCAUACUCUGUCCUCUCCCUAUAAAUAUCUAAAGCCCAUUGAGCUAGUUGAGUUCUGAAAUUGGUUAAAUAUCUGCUUGGUUUAUAUUGGCUGUAGCAGUAAAUAUUCCCUAUAUGAUCAGAGUAACUCUUUUCUAGGGCAGUUGCGAAGACGGCAGAUAAUGGAGCCACCUACUUUAAUCUGAUACAAUGUUCCUAAAACAGGAAUUCCUAAUUACAUAAUGCCUUUUGUAGAACAAAAGGGGCAAAUAUGUAGUUCCAUAUGCAUGAUGUAAAUGAUUCUGAAAGACAGUGAUUCCUAAUCUAUAGGGCUAACCUGUUUAGGGGCAUGUGAUGCAGUGGAUAAUUGGUGUGAGAUUUGGUUUGAGUGCUUAUUUCCUGGCCUUGGUACUAUACCAAGUAAUCAUAGCAGUUACUGAUGUGACCCAAAAGGAAGAAGCAGUCUGAAAGCCAAGAGUAUUGGAGAGUUUGCUUAUUUGAUGCAUGAUACCCUUGAAUGUAUAGCAUUGUAGCUGUUACACCAGUGUUUAUAUUGCUGUCAUAUAUUAGGGUUACAUUUUCUUUCACUUGAAUACGACUGGAAUAUUUCAGCUAAGGAUUGAAGUUAAGACCAUGUUUCCAUUUAUGCUUUUAUCUCUUGGAAGUCUAUUAGGAGCUUAACCAGUAGUUGGAUCAAUAAGAGUGGGUCUAACCCAGCAAGCCUGGAAACCUCUGCUGCGACGGUAAUAAAAUCGGUCGGUGCUGAGGUUUUAUUUAUUUUUGUUAAUGAUUUUUGCCUCCAGUUCAAGGCUUGUGUAAAUAAAAGAAAGUAAGCUGUUCUGUUUAUACACAAAUAUGGGUAUCUCAACACAAACAGGGAUACUGGGCUAAUGACAUAUGCAAUUCUAUCUUUUGCCAAAUCCACUGAAGAGCGAGCUGUUUCCUUGCUGGAUGAUUCUGAUAUCUAGCGCUAACACUAGGUCACUGUGAGUGAUGGUAAUGACACAUAGGAGUUCCUGAUUGCAGCAGACCAUUCAAGAAAACCCAUAUUGAUUAAAAUCUUCAACAGUAGCUGCCCCCAUUUACUUGAAUGAUACAGCUAGCCCUAGAUUCUGCUCUUCUGAGCAAUCAUGGCUUUGUCUGUUUGUCUGUGCAUGGGAAGUGAAGAAUUCCGUUUGCUCUCCCUAAAAGAAUUUUGGUGACACAAAUGCCAUUGUACCAGGAACCUUAGGCAGACUUCACCAUUAAAUGGAUAUCUAUGGAUACAUUGUUUGAAGACUCUUAUGCUCAACACUACCCUACCUCAUUGGCCAUCCAAGAAAAAGUAUUCUGCUGGGAAUGUUUGACUUUAGGGACGUUGAAUGCUGAGUUAUGCAAGAUACUGAGUUAUACUGUUCAAAACCAAAUUCCUGGAGUGCCUUAUUAUGGUGGCAGUAGCCUUGUGCCAGUUAACAACGAAGAGCAGAUUGAUCCUUUUCACCUUGCUUCCAGAUCAUGUCUGAUUCCUGUACAUAUUAAAUAUUAAAAAUGCUUUAUUAAA